AUGGAGGUCUUCAGUUUUGCUCGUGAAGCAUGCAAACUUGUGACAUUUAAUAUACCUUCUAAACUGGAGGCAGAGAAAAUGAUUGGCAAAGUUAAUUUGAAUAAAUGUCUCCGGUCUGCUGACCUCAUCCAGUCCAGUGAUCCUGAUUUCAGAGUCCUAAAAGAUGGCUCAGUCUACACAGCCAAUGCUGUUGUUUUGUCUGAUGAGAAAAGAUCAUUCACCAUAUGGCUUUCUGACAUGAAGAAACAGACACAGAAAGAGAUUACCGUGUUUUUGGAACAUCAGAAGCUGGGCAAAGCACUCAGAAAAAGACACACUAAAGAAACUGUUCUCAGACGCACCAAGAGAUGGGCUCCUAUUCCCUGUUCAAUGCUGGAGAAUUCCUUGGGCCCUUUUCCUCUCUUUCUUCAACAAGUUCAAUCUGAUGCAGCACAAAAUUAUACCAUCUUCUACUCAAUAAGUGGGCGUGGAGUUGAUCAAGAGCCUUUAAACUUAUUUUACAUUGAAAGAGACACUGGGAAUCUGUUCUGUACUCAACCUGUGGAUCGUGAAGAAUAUGGUGUUUUUGAUGUAAGAUUUUAUAGAUAGGAAGCUAUGGGGUAUUCAGCAGAUUUACCUCUCCCACUGCCUAUAAGAAUAGAGGAUGAAAAUGACAAUUAAACCUAUUUUCACCAGAGACUUUAUAAAUUUGAAGUUCCAGAAGUAGUAGAUAUAGGAACUACAGUGGGAGUAGUCUGUGCAACAGACAGAGAUGAACCAGACACAAUGCACACACGCCUCAAGUAUAGUAUCGUGGAGCAGACCCCGAGAUCUCCAGGGCUCUUCUCCGUGCACCCUAGCACAGGCGUCAUCGCCACAGUCUCUCAUUCUAUGGACAGAGAGGUUGUAGACAAGUACGUACUCCUAAUGAAAGUACAGGACAUGGAUGGCCAAUUUUUUGGUUUGAUGACUACAUCGACUUGUGUUAUAAAAGUAAAAGAUUCAAAUGAUAAUCCACCUACUUUCAGAAAAAGUAGUUAUGAAACAUCCGUAGAGGAAAAUGUAUACAAUGUGGAAAUUUUAAGGAUCCCAAUCGACGAUAAAGAUUUAAUUAACACUGCCAACUGGAGAGCCAAUUUUACCAUCUUAAAGGGCAAUGAAAAUGGACAUUUUAAAAUCACUACAGACCAAAAUACAAAUGAAGGUGUUCUCUAUAUUGUAAAGCCACUGAAUUAUGAAGAAAACCAUCAAGUGACCCUGGAAGUCGGUGUAAUCAGUGAAGCUCCAUUUACUAGAGAUGUGCUUAGAACAACAACUAUGAACCGAGCCGUGGUCACAGUUCAUGUGAGGGAUCAGGAUGAAGGGCCAGAAUGCAGCCCUGCAGUUCAAUACAUAUGGAUCAAAGAGAAUGAAGCAGCGGGGUUGAAGACCAAAGGCUAUAAGGCAUAUGACCCUGGAACGAAAAAUAGCAAUGGGUUAAGGUACAAAAUGUUGAAUAAUCCUAGAGGGGGGAUCAUUAUUGAUGAAGUUACUGGCUCAAUCCUAACUUCCAAAAUCCUGGACAGGGAGACUUUAUCUCCCAGAAGUGAAGUAUAUAAUAUUACAGUUCUGGUUACAGACCAAGAUAGUAAAACAUGUACUGGUAUGCUUGCAGUUUAUGUUGAAGAUGUGAAUGACAAUCCACCACAAUUACUUCAAAGUGACCUAAUAAUUUGUAAGCCAAAGAUGAGGCAUAUUGACAUUUCAGCUAUUGAUCCUGAUGAGCCUAUCAAUGGGCCCCCAUUUUCUUUCAGCUUGACAAAUCCUUCUGCAGAAAUCAAUAGGAUCUGGACCCUCACCAAAGUUAAUGAUACAGCUGCCCGUCUUUCAUAUCGAGAAAAUGCAGGAUUUCAAGAAUAUAAUGUUCCCAUAACUGUAAAAGAUAGAGGAGGUCAAUCUGCAUCAAAAACCUUGAGAGUUAAUUUAUGUGAAUGUACCCAUCCAAGUCAAUGUCGAGCAAGUCAAAGGAGAGCAGGAGUAGUACUUGGAAAAUGGGCUAUCCUGGCAAUAUUAUUGGAUUUAGCACUGCUUUCUACUGUACUGCUAACUUUAGUAUGUGGAGUUGUUGGUGCACAGAAAAGGAAAGGUUUUUCUGAAGAUUUAGCACAGCAAAAUUUAAUUAUAUCAAACACAGAAGCACCUGGAGAUGAUAAGGUGUGUUCUGCCAAUGGGUUUAUGACUCAGAAAGUCAACAACUCGAACCAAAGCUUUUGUGGAACUAUGGGAUCAGGAGUCAGAAAUGGAGGACAAGAAGCUAUUGAAAUGAUGAAAGGACACCAGACCUUGGAGUCUUGCCGUGGGCAUGGGCAUCAUCACACCCUGGACUCCUGCAGGGGAGGACACCUGGAGAUGGACAAUAGCAGAUACACUUAUUCUGAGUGGCACAGUUUCACUCAGCCUCGCCUUGGAGAAAAAUUGCAUAAAUGCAAUCAGCAUGAAGACAUUAUACCAUCUCAAGAUUAUGUUCUUACAUAUAACUUUGAAGGAAGAGGAACUCCAGCUGGUUCUGUGGGUUGCUGCAGUGACAAGCAGGAAGAAGAUGGCCUUAACUUUUUAGAUAAUUUGGAAGCAAAAUUUACUGCAUUAGCAGAAACAUGCACAAUGAAAUAA